AUGAGAAUAUUUUUCCUAGAAAGAGACAACGUGACCCAACCAUCUGAACCAGACAACAACGGCGUCGUAUACUCCGCCAGCUUUGAACUGUUCCCCUUCUAUGAAGGCUGUACAUAUUCUCACUUCAAAGGUCUCAUGAACGGAGAGGGACCUCUUCGAGGCAGCUUUUGCGUGGUAAGGGCCAUGUUGGAUAAAGUGGCCGAAAAAAAUGACUGGUCGAAUAUGAUCAGAAGGUCAACGGAGGCCCAACGACUAGCUGUGGAGUUUAAUAAGCAUAUUGGCUACAAAGCCGUCUCAUUUCAGAUCCCAGUCAUCACCGGUAUAGAGACAUUGUCUGAUUUCGCAUGUUUGUUUCGGUGUGUGAAGCCCCACGACAAACGCUUGAACUUGGGCGAGUUUGUUACUAUAGAACCAUUUCUCGAUGGACCAUUCCAGAAAUUCGACUCAGAUGUGGCCUGUGCUUCUACUCAUACGACUGCAAAAUUGAAAAACAAAGAUUCCACGGGGGCAAGUGUUACUGAGGACAUCUGCAGUAAUCGGGACAGCGCCACUUUGGCUCAAACUGCUCGAACCAACUCUACAAGCGUCGCUCAAGCCUUUAGUCAUUUCUCUUGGCAUUUUACCAGAAACCUUAUCGUGUGCGGCCUGCAGGGUGUCAGUAACGGACAAGUGUACACGUUUACAAAUCCAAGUAUUCAUUCUAUAAACUCCCAGUUUGGAGUUUCAGACGGAUCGGUAACAUCCAUUGCUGAAUUUUUCUCAUAUCAUCGUUGUAACAACAUCUGUCGUAACUGGGAACAAUGCAGCACAACGGGAAAACCCCAGAGAAAUGUGAACUUCUUUCACAAACCAGAGAAUUCCAAUGACAGCAAAAAUCAUCACAGUGAAUCCUUGUCCCCGCAACUGUUGAAUGAAGUAGUGUAA